ACAUAAAUUAUUACUCUGUGGAUUUUAUGUUGUCUUUAUUGGCGAAUAUUUAUCUAUUUGCCCGGAGAAAAAAAUAUUUUUCUAAAAAUUAUUUUGAUAUUGUACUAUGUGAUAAGAUUAUAUGUUUGGUAAAGUCCAAAUAUGCAUUAGUUUUGUAAUUAACAGUGUAAUUGUUUAGCUUAACAGUAAACUCAAAAUGUCAUAUGUUUAUAAAACAUUUCAAUGGCCGUGUUUCUCGCGUAUCGAUAAAAAGUGUUUUACUAUUCCUAUAUAAACUAUCAUGUAUCAAUAUAAGAACGUGAUCAUGGACACUUUCCACUGGCGAAAAUGGUUUCUAUUAUUACUGUUUGCACUUUAUCGGCGAUUGGAUGCAGUUGAUGGACUUAAAUGUUAUUGCAAUAGUCCAACAUGUCCAAAUGAGACAUGUGAGACUGAUGGCUACUGCUUCGCGUCUACAAGCAUCGAAGCAGGCGUACAGAAGUUCACUUACCACUGUAUCGACCUCAGAUCACUGAUACCCAUCGAGCACCCCUUCAGUUGCUCCACGACGAGAACUAGAAAUGAUUCCGUGGUGAUCGAAUGUUGUAAGUCACAUGACAUGUGCAAUCGAGAGCUGCGCCUGGAGCUGCAACCGAAGCCGCAAGAAUCGAGUCCUACUCCCACGGUAUGGCAAGUGUUGCCAUGGGUGAUGGGACUGAUGGUGUUGGGAGUGUGCGCCGCGAUAAGCUUAUGGUGGGCGAAGCGGUCCCGCAGUCUGAUGAAAGGGGGUCGCGGCUCGAGGCCGCUAUUUGCGGCCGAAGAUUCACUGGGCGAGCCCAGGCAUCCCAUCAUGGGCACAGCAACUAUACGUGACAUGAUUGAACUUACUACCUCGGGCUCCGGAUCAGGGUUACCACUCCUCGUGCAACGAUCAAUAGCAAGACAGAUUCAACUGAUUGACAUUAUCGGCAAGGGUCGUUUCGGUGAGGUGUGGCGCGGCCGCUGGCGGGGCGAGAACGUGGCGGUCAAGAUAUUCUCGUCCAGGGAGGAGUGCUCGUGGUUCCGUGAGGCCGAGAUCUACCAGACCGUGAUGUUACGACAUGAAAAUAUUUUAGGAUUCAUUGCGGCUGAUAAUAAAGAUAAUGGCACAUGGACACAACUGUGGCUUAUAACUGAUUAUCAUGAGAACGGAUCGCUGUUCGACUACCUCACCGCACGGACCAUAGACUCCAACACUCUGGUCAAGAUGGCACUCUCGAUUGCCACCGGGCUCGCGCAUUUGCAUAUGGAUAUUGUAGGGACCAAAGGUAAACCAGCCAUCGCUCACCGUGAUCUCAAGUCAAAGAACAUCCUUGUGAAGUCCAACCUUACGUGUGUGAUUGGCGACCUCGGUCUUGCCGUGCGGCACAACGUCGCCAGCGACUCUGUCGACGUGCCCUCCACUAACCGCGUAGGCACCAAGCGGUAUAUGGCACCAGAGGUACUAGACGAAACGAUGGACACCCGACAGUUCGAUCCAUACAAACGCUCGGAUGUGUAUUCGUUCGGUCUGGUGCUGUGGGAAAUCGCACGGCGAUGCGGCGCCAUGCCCGACGAGUACCAGCCGCCGUACUAUGAGUGCGUGCCACCUGACCCCGCGCUCGAGGACAUGCGGCGGGUCGUAUGCGUCGAGAAGCGACGACCGAACGUGCCCAAUAGGUGGCAUUCGGACCCUGUACUGUCCGCGAUAUCAAAAGUAAUGAAGGAGUGCUGGUAUCAGAAUCCAGCAGCCAGACUAACUGCACUCCGCAUAAAGAAGACCCUCGCGAACAUCGGCACCGGAGAUCACAUCAAACUGUAAUCGAGCUAAAACACCCUAUCAUUUGGCUGUCUUCAUACAAUGCUUCCUCAGGUACAAAUCAGUAGAUGUAUUCCAUGAUAUAACAAAAUUGUUAAAAGGCUCUUCUAUAUGCAAUCGCAACUUUAUCAAUCCAACAUUUGUGAUUUAUCUGCAUUAAUAUUAAUUGGCAAUUCAUCUAUAUCCUUUGAUAAUAUUAUAUGUUAUAGUGUGAACAUUUUGCCUGCCCCUAUUUAUUUAUUUAUUUAAUAAACAUAUACAUAACAUAGUACAUGGUACAAAGGUAGGUAUUGAAUGAUAAGUACAUAUAUCCAAAUUUAUUAGUAGGAAACAAAAAUGGUUGUAGAAAUGUAAUUUUAUUCGCGUAUGAGGUUAGCUAAGCUGUUGCACGUCCAGUGGGAUUUUUUGUGCUCCUCCCUUCCCCUAACCAUCAUUUUAUAGAUCCUAUGUGUUACCUUUGUGAUAUUCCGCUGUUUAUAAUAUCUUUAGUCCCCUGGCUUUGGAUAAGCGGUUCCCAGUAGACUCAUACACAUACUUGCCAACGAAUUAUAGUUGUACAUCAGGUGUUCCAUUGAUACUGAUUUCAAGGAUAAUAUCUUCUUAUUUCCCAUCCCAUCUUGUAUAAUAUAUUCCUUACUGGCAUAUGCCCAGUUAAGGCAUCCAUUAUGAAUCUUGUAUGUUAUCUGCCACCACUGUAGAUAAGUUCCCCAUGCCUCAGUCUUGUCGUUUAAGAACUUUUUAGAAUGUCUGAGAUCCUUAAAUGUAUUUAAUGUUACAUACACAUCAGACUUUAUUAAAAAAUACUGGCGAAGUUUUUAAAUUUGUCAUAGUCAAUCAAACCAGCCUCCCUAAUGAAGUGGCAAACAAGCGGUAGAUAUAUUUUAGUUACCAAAUACAUGAGAAAAGCCGAAAUGGUGAAUGUUGCUAUCUUAUUUUACCUGAUGUACAUAUAUGGCAGCGAAAUAUAAUGGGAGAGGGGAGAAGAGGAGAGAAGUUUGAUAAAGCAGCCACUGAGGUCAAUUCUGAGCUGUCAUUCUCUUAACCUAUCAUCAAAAUUAAUAUUUUAAUUUGAUAGAUUCACGAAAGUACUAUUUUGUGGACAAUUAGAAAUUAAGUUUAUAAUAAUAUUAAAUUACAUGUUAGAAAUUUAGUUUAUAUUAGUCCUUAAAAUAAAGAUUUCGCUGUAAUAUCAACUUGAAAUUAUAAUUUUAUAGAUAAGUUUAGAGAGUGAUGCGUCAAAAUCGAUUAAUGUAAUCUAUCAUUAAUAAGACAUUAUGAUAGUCAUUUUUAAGCAUUGACUUAAAAUAUUAUUUUUAUAUCAUUCUGUGACAAGAGAGCGUGAAGUGUUUUAUUCCAUAUAGAAGGGCCUGUUAAAAGUAGAGACUUUAUUGUCCUUACACGCGCCUGUAGAUGAACAAAUCGGUAGGUAGAAACAUUCCAAGUGUAUUGGAAAAUUAUUCACGAGAAUUUCUUAUUUCGUAUAUACAGGAAAACUCUAACCUCCUUAUUCAUAAAAAUAUCGAAUUUCAAAUAAAUCUAUUUUAACUAUUGGGGGCAUUACGUCUCUUUGGAGCAAAAUUUUUAAAUGACAAUGCAUAAAUAAUAGAGUAGGUUUGUUGGAGAUUUUAAGUUUUUUUCUGAAUAAGGGUGUGUGUAAUUAUAUUUUGUGAUAAGGAAAAUUUUAAAAGGGUAAUAAUUAUUAUAGAUGUUCUCGAGAUAGUCUGUGCGAGUCCUAAACUAAGUGGUUCCCAGGGUCACUGUACAAUUUGUAUGUAUAGAUUUCAUGUCAAUAGAUUCAAUAGUUUUGGAGAUUAAACCGUUCGGACACACAGACGAUUUUUUAUAACAUUAUACAAAUAUACUAACAGAAAAUCAGUAUAAUAGCAUAAGGUGAUAGACAAGUGGCGUUUUGUGGUAUUUUCUUACUACAAACCAAAAAUAUGAGAUUAUAAAAAAAAUGUAGAGAAUUCGAUAAUACAGAUACACAGAGAGAAUUUUAUUUUUAGGUAUAGAUUUCAUGUAGUGUUCAUUUUCGUUGUAAACACGUUUAGAAUUUCUUCAUUCGUCCACUUUCAGUUUAAUUUGAUCUUAAUUGUAAUUGAAUAUUACGUACCUUAUUAAUAUAUUUUUUAUUAAUCACAAAACAAUGUUUUGAUGUUAUAUUUCUAAGAUCUGUGUUUUGUAUGUUUAUUAGAUGUUUAAAUAUAAUGAACUUAUUUAUAUUAUAUUAAUUAUAUUAUAAUGAUAUAUUUUAACAAGUAUUUUUUACUCUAUAAAGUGUUCUGUAGGCAAUAAGUGGCUAUAGACAGUAUAUAAUGUUGGUUUUCAUCCUGGCGCGUGUAAUAAGACCGCUCGUUCAAGAGCUGGAAAUUUUAAUGCGUUAUUCGGAAAGAGCUUAAGUGGUAUACCUCCUUGUUACUGUCCCUCUAGCUUGAAUCCUUUUUUGAUUUUCAUCGAAAAAGGAUUCGAGAAUUAUAAAUUGCAUGAAUAAAAUAAAUGUUAUUUGCAACCUGCGUUAAUAUAAAAAAGUUUGUUAAAUUAAUAAAUAAAAAAAAUGAAGUAAACUUAAUAAUAAGCAUUUUUGAAUAGUCAUAGUGUUGAUUAUUACCCUUUGCUUUUUUAUAACAAAACUAUUUUAAAAAGUAAAUUAAGAAUUUGGCAUGUAAAUACUGGCUCAAGUUUUUACAAUGAAAACUAUACGAACUGCUUUUUAUACUAACCCUAUAAAUCAUUUCUCCUUUUUGAUUCUCGAAGUUGACGGGAAGAAAUUCCUUUGAGGGAUAAGUCCGUUUGUGUACAUUUUGGUAUAACCUAAAACCUACUGGUGAAUGUACAAAAGCAAAUAAAUAUAUUAAUUUUACUAAUAAUAGUUAAUGUAAACGCAUUAUUAUUUUCAGGUCUUAUCAUAUAUAUAUGUUAUUAAUUAAAUUAUGUGAUAUAAUUAUGUUGAGACAUGUCACUGUAUGAAGGCGGCAUGAUGAUGUGGGCUUGUGUGUGAACAUGUGUGUAUGGAAGGUGGCCUACGAGCUCGCGUUGGCACUGUAUGGUGUACAGGCCAACCCGGCGAGCCGUCCGCCGGCCGAGUGUCCUGACCCUACCUCUUAGAUUAUAUUCGUGUAAUAUCAAAAAGGAGCAUUUAUUAUAAUAUUAUGGACUUACAAAUUUAGUGAUAUUUUUUCGUUACCAACUACGUAGUUUUAACUUUUGUUAAGGAUACGGUUUGUUUACGCAUAAAGAAAUCAGAUAUAUAGAACUUGACCACAUUUUUUUUUUAUCUUACGUUUGCUGUGAUAUGUAAUAUUCGCAGCUCUGUUGUAAUUCCGUGUAUCGGCGCGAGCCGUGUCGACGACAGAUUCCGUUUUAUCUAUACGAAGCUUGUUAUAUGAAUGUGUUAUUAUUUUCACAAUAGAAUGUUAUACCAAAUCUAUAGUAUGUUAUAUAUAUAAAACUAGUCUCGUUAGGGAAAUGUGGGCCUAGGUUGUAAGUGAUGGUAAGCGUAAUCGCUCGGCCACGACUUGGGCUUAGCGGCGUGACCUCCCUUAGAUAAGUAGUAAACGAAUUUAUCGAUAGAUACGUUAUCGUUAUCGCGUGCAUGAGAUAGAACGAGACAGUGACGUUCAGCGUCUUGUUCUCUCUCGUUUUGAGUGCCCAAUGUAAACGGACCUAUUGAUAGAUCCACAUGUCUCUUGUCUAGGGGAACGUAUAAUUUAUUUGUAUAUACAUUUAAUGUUGAUACGGAAAUGAAUAGGAUUCUCAUGUAUCUCAUUUAAAUCUCAUAUAUGCGGCAGCAGAAACUUAUCUUGAUACAUUUAAAUUCAUUUACCACUUGCCUAAAAGGGCAAACUCAAGAUAAAUAGGAACCUAAAUAAUAUAUUUGUAGAUACUUUUACGUUAUUCUACAUAGCUACUUAAGAAGUUCUUUUUGUCUAGAGGCUCGUUAAGAUCGAUCGCAAUCGAAGCGGGUUUUAGAGUGUGGCAUUUUUUUAUACAUUUCCAUUCAUCAUCAUCAUCAUAUCAGCUUUUAACUGUUCACUGCUGAACAUAAGCCUCUCCUUUAGGGGGUUUUUGCCAGUAGUUGCCACGCUUGGCAGGCGGGUUGGCAACUACAGUUAAGCUUUAGAGAUGUUUUAAGAGGGACGCUGCUGCCCAUCCCUCGCUCAUUUCCAUUAAUUUGGUUUUAAUUACUGUGCCGCUUUCCGCGCGCUAGACCGCAAGUCUUGACCGAGCAAUAAUGCUGUUUGAGCGAAUUUAUAUCGGCGUUUUAUAUUGGUUCAGAAAUGAACGGCAACUAAGCGGUGGUGAACUAGAAAGAUCGAGAGAUUCUGUACCUUUAAAUUGUUAAUUAUCUAAUAAAUUAUCUCCAUAAGACGCUUCAGUAACAUUGUGUUGAAAUUUUAUAAUAUUGUACAGAACAGUUUAUUUUUAAUAUGACUUCUAAUUUUGAUUUGUUCGUAAUAGAAUAUAAUGGUGAUAUAUGUUGUAGUAGAACGACAUGUGUCGAGGUGUGAAAAGAAAAUUAUUAAUACUUCAGUGAAAAUUUUAGCUAUUUUCAUAUUAUUCCAAUAUUUAUUGAAUAUUUGGAAUUUGUAUAUAUAAGAAUUAAAUACAUUAACUACGUAAAUGUUUACGUAAUUGUAAGCGACAUCUUUGUAACUUUUUAUAUGCGUAGUGUUAAAAGUUUAUUAUUUAUUAUGUUUAUAAUUUUAGUAAUAGAGUACCAGUGGCGUAGAUUAUAUAAUUGGGUGUAGGAACAUCGAUUACGUACAAAGUAGAUUUUUUAUUUUUAUUUUCUCUAGCCUUAGCUGUAGUUUACAUUUGUAUGUUUUUGGUUUGCGAUUUUAAAUAUUGAAUUUAACAAAAUUGGUAGCAGCUCGUAAAGGAAGCAAUAAAGUUGGAUAGAGAGUAAAACUUUUGCACGAGUAUGGCUAGAUUGUGGUUACUAGUGAUCGCAUUUAAGUUGAGUGAAUUACUUAAAAUACAUAUAAAAAUUAAUAUGCUGCCGCGUAAAUUUAAAAAGCAAUUAUUGACAAAAAAAUACUUUCGGAUUUCAAAACCUCAUAAUUUUAACCUGUGACUUUGUCUGUACGAUCAGAAUAUAUUAAUAUUUUUUUAUUAGGGCUAAAAGGUAGCCUGCGUCCUUCUUCAUUCCAGAUAGUUCGUGUUUACAAAAUUUCAUGACAAUUGGUUGAGGUAUUGAAGUAUUAUCAAAUAAACAAAUUCACUUUCAAACAUGAUUCAGAAUAUCUGUUUCUAAAAUUUUUAUUAUGAAUCACGUAAUCCAUCUGGAAACCAUCGUAAUUAAUACCUGGUGAAUUCCUCACGAUAUUGGCCCGACAUCAAUCACACAUAUCAUCCCUUGCCGAUUUCCCGCCAGUUUAAACCAGGGAGGAACCCUUCCUGCACUACUUAAUUCUACUUACUAUAUAAAUUAUUUAGCUUUGUAGACAAAGUAUAUAGAUGCAAAUUUUUAUAUAUAAAUUUAUACUUGAUAUAAAUAAUUUGACAGUAUGACUAGUCGGUUUUAUCAUCGGCGUUUCAAAUGUCAACAAAAUCAAGAUUAUUAUCAUGUAAAUAAUAUUGACGUCAAUCCUCCCAACCUAACUGCGGUCAUUAAAGAUCAGAGGUGGUAAGACAUACAAGGCGGUAAGUCAUACAUCUAAGAUACAUAUAAGGCAUCUAAGCAAUGCCUUGAGAUUAAUCUGUUAAUAUAGGAUUACAUUAAUUAUUGAUUCAUUGUAUAAACAAUAAUAUUAUUAAAUGAUACAAUGACAGCUAUAGACUGAUUUUAAUUACACUAAAAUAUCUCCGCGUCUGCAGUUGUGUAAUUAUGUUUAGUUUUUAGUUUUAUUUCAGAAAAAUCUUUGUAUUGUCUCUUAGAAACUGAAUAUUCGGUCAAUUCAGUUAGUAUAUUGGUAAUGUAUUCUUUAUCUAUAUAGUAUGCAACUCCCGAUGUCACCACUUCUUCGAAAUUAAAAAAGAGGGUAAAAGUGUGAAUAGAUUUUCUUACAACAAAAAUAUUUCUUUACAUUUUUUCAAAAUUAUACAUAAGUGCCAGAAAAUUUGUUUAAUGAAUUUUAUUUUAUUUAUUAUGGUACAUUUAUCUAAACUCAUAAAAGCAGUCAUGAACAGUAAUUAUUGACGUUAAGAUAUAACUUUAGUUGAUUAUUUUGUACAUAACGCUGAUUAUGUAGUAGGACAUCACAAUAUUUAUUUUUUAUCAUUAUACUUAUCUAUAUAUUGGACGGAACCCAAUAGAUAUUCAAUUAACUUAAGAAAUCGGAAUUUUAUUGAAUGAAAUUAAAGCUUAGUAAUUUAUGGGAUGUAUUGAAAACGCAAUUUUGUAUUAAAAUCAUGAUUUUAAUUAUUAUAGUUUUAUUUUUAAGUAUGUAUUAUAUUUACGCAGCAAUCUUUUAAAAUUGUAUUUGAACUUUGAAAAAAUAAUUUAUUAUUUGAAUUCAGUAUGUAAUACUGACAAUGUUUUUAGUUAGAUAUAUGGAAUAUAACAAUAUAAAUUAAAUACAGUAUAACUGAUUGACUGAUUAUCCAGAAUGUAUUUGAAAACUCUUAUAAAGAGCCUGUAUAAAGUACGUUAUAUUUUUUUUAUUGCAACUAUUAGGUACUUUUGUACAUUAUGUUCAUUAUAGUUUGUUUCUCGAUACUUCACUGUAAAACAAUAUAUUAUUUCCCUGUUUGUUGAAUUAUUUUCAGAUUUUAUUUCAUCAGAAUAUAUUUAUAAAAUAUAAAAAUGGAAAUUGAACAUCAAGAAAAUAUUUAAUGUUAGUGUAUUAGAGUUAAGGUAAAUAUAAAUCGCUUAUUUCCACCUAAAUAAGCCGAAGUGUGAACUCCCUGCGUUAUCACAAAAAAGUAUAUAAAUACAAAUUACAAAGACAUGAUCAGGAGCAAAUACAAACAAACAAUAGCAGAAAACCCAGUUGUCACAAAAGUGAAAAAGUCAAAGAUAUGUAUAUUAUUUAAUGUAAUUUUACUUGUGCAUAACGGGGUGAAUAUUAGAAUUAGAUUCAAGUUCAAAUUGAUGUCAUAAAUAUGUACAAGCAUCAAACUAUUGGUUUGAAAAGAUUUGAUGAGCAAUACCGCGAAAGUACAAUACGUUUACUUAAUCUGCAAUAAACGUGAGUUAUAGCAGCGUCAUAUCACACUUCGUUCUACUAGUUUGAUGAUUUUUCCCAAUUGAAUCAUUUUAUGUACAUAUAAUAUUAUUUAAUUAUCCCAUUAUAUAAGUUUUAUUAAUUGGUUAUGGAGUGGACUAAUUAAUAUUAUAAUAAAACAAAGUGUUUUUA